UUUUUCUGCUUUCAAGACGCAGCCAUUCGGCGAGUUAAACUGACGGCGAAAUCGAUGAUAUCCAAAACAGUGUCCAGCCGACGAUCUGUCAUCCAUCGACGAAAAAAAAGUUGUAUUUCUCAAUUCCACGUCAUUUUCCCUGCAAAAAGAUUGAAAAUUGCAUUUUUCGUUAUUUUGCCUUGGUUUUGGAUCAAUUUCCCGUAAAGUAAAAGUCCGUGAUUCCUGUGAUCGAUGUCCGCGUAGUGAACAUUAUCGCGUUGCUAGCGAAGCUGCCUGGAUUUUGUCCACCCAAUUGAAACUGCUUUCGCGAAGCAGUGUAGCACCUUUGUGAAAGCCUGCGGAGCCUUGAAUGUUUUGAUUGCAAGUGAUGGGAUUAUGAGAUGCAAUCUAGAGCUAGACGUCGGUUCGGUCCAGAGGAAGCAAGUGAACCAUUUUCAGUAGUUGCCAUCGGGGAAGAGACCGGCAAUCACAGUCGGAGGGAAGAUUACGUGGAAAAGCCUAAAUAUCCACCGCCAAGUGGGAGCAGCUGGCUACCUUCGAUACCGCAGAAGUUUCUCUCUAGUGUGAACAACUUUGGUGGUGCGUUCAGCGGAAACCAGCCGAAGCAACUGGACCAUCUAAUCCGGCCACCGGUAGAGAGAAAUCCACCACAUUUCGACGACGAGGACGACAAGGAAAACGAACCGGAAUUCAUCAUGGCCUCACGCGACCGCAGUACGGAAUUUGCCAACGCGAUUCGAUCGUUGCAGGGCAGAAACAUUCAGAGGGCAGUUAACGUGCGGGAUCCCCGCAAAGCCAAACAGUUGCAGAGCUACUCCGAGUUUACGAUGAUUGCGAAACACAUAGGGAAGAACAUAGCUAGCACGUAUGCCAAGUUGGAAAAGCUAACGCUGUUGGCAAAACGGAAAACUCUUUUCGAUGACCGACCGGCGGAGAUUCAAGAGCUAACGUACAUCAUCAAGGGUGACCUGAACUCGUUGAAUCAGCAAAUCGCUCGGCUACAGGAGGUAUCCAAAUCCCAGCGUAAAUCAACGACCGGGAAGCACCUGCUUUCACAUUCCUCUAAUAUGGUAGUGGCACUGCAAGCCAAACUGGCCAACAUGAGCUCCGACUUCAAGCAGGUCCUGGAGGUGCGAACGGAAAAUCUCAAACAGCAAAAGAAUCGACGUGAUCAGUUCAGCCAAGGACCUAUCUCUAACAGUUUACCCCCAUCAACGAUGCGAGGGUCAACCCAGGGAAGUCUUCUGCUGCAGGAACAGCAGCAACAGGACCAGAUCAGUAUCGACAUGAAUGCCUCCGGGGGAGGGCCAUCGUCGGAGCGAGUGCCACUUCUUCAGCAGCAACAACAACAGAUGGUCCUGUACGAUGAAUCGGAUAGCUACGUACAGGAGCGAGCAGAGACGAUGCAGAACAUUGAAAGUACGAUCGUGGAGCUUGGUGGUAUUUUCCAACAGCUGGCCCACAUGGUCAAAGAGCAGGAGGAAAUGGUCGAACGAAUCGACACCAAUCUGCAGGACGUGGAAAUGAAUGUCGAAGCGGCCCACGGCGAAAUUUUGAAAUACUUCCAAUCGGUGACGAAAAAUCGCUGGCUGAUGAUAAAGAUUUUCGGUAUUCUGAUAUUGUUUUUCAUAUUCUUUGUUAUCUUCCUUGCAUAAGCGUGACGAACGCAGAUAAUUACAAGGUCUGGAUAGGAUUUAUCAUUAUAUGCUUAUUGUAAUCCUUUUAUGUCUAGUGAAUCGAAAUUUCCUUAAGGUUGAACCUAGCAACAAGCGAUUAUAAAAAAGUACCUUGUUGUAAUUUUCUUAUAUACACAUGUUAUAAUUUCAAAUAGGCUCUCAUUUUGCUCUUAAACAGGAAGCAGCCCUCAAUGUAAAUACCGAUGAAGAUAUAAAUACGGAAAACAAAACAGAUUGUUACUGCUAAAUUAGGUAUUUGUGAUCGGAUUGUGUACGGGCGUAGAGAGAAAAAUGAUAUGUACUGCGGUAGGUGAGUAAUAAAAAAUGCGGUCGAAUAAAUUAUAUUUUAUCCAAUAAUA